CCAACGAAGGCUUCAAACUGUGGAGAUUUGGCUACACAUCUGCAGCAGAUGAUAAGUCACAGAGCUGAUUGGCCCACUCUGCUGCCUCUGGCCACCUGUUGCUGUCUUUCCAGGGGCCACCCUCCAUCCUGUCCACCAGGCCCAGCGUGGCGGCUGUGGACUCAGGUCUGAACUGAACCCACUGCUUCUCAGACAUCUCCAUGACAACCAUGGCCUUGGAGGAGCCUGAUGGAGGCCUAGGCAGCUGCCAGGCGGUGACACCCAGGGUGGCUAACUCCAGCAGCUGGCCCCACGAUUCUCAGGAACCAGAGGCUGAGGGUAGCCCUGCAGGCAGAGUGGAUGUCAGGCCCAAGAAGACAGAAAAGGAGCCUGUGGCCAAAGUGGCCCCAGGAUCCAGCAAGGAGAGACUGAAAGCAGGAGCAACCCCCAGGAGCCCGGCACGCAAGAAGGCACAGUCCGCACCACCCCCACAGCCACCGCCACCACCCCCGGCCCUGAGCGAGGAGCUGCCCUGGGGAGACCUGUCCCUCAACAAGUGCCUGGUGCUCGCCUCGCUGGUGGCGCUGCUGGGCUCGGCCUUCCAGCUGUGUCGGGACGUCGUGGUUGGGGAGGCGGAUACCCCUGCACCUGUCCCUGAGCGCUGGGUCCCACCAAGCUCGGCACCAAAGAAGCCAGUGUCACCCCCGCUGAAGCCUGUGGCCUGGACACCCUCAUCCGGACCCUUGGCACCCCAGGUGCAGGUAGAGGAGAGGACCGACGUUCCCAGGAGCACCCAGGCUGCAGAAAAGGUGGAAGGGGACCCUAAGGAGGCCGCUGGGGAGAAGCACGGGACCCUCGCCCACGAAGGGCCCAAGGAGAAACUGCAGAAAGAGAGGCCGAGGAAGGACAGGCCGCGGAAGGAGGAGAGACCGCGGAAGGAGAGACAGCGUACUGAAGAGAGACCGCGGAAGGCAGAGAAGCCACGGCCGGCCAGGGAGCCCCGGGAAUCCCUACUCCGGCGCUGGAAGGCACAUGAAGGGGGGCAUCGGCUGUGGCUGCGGGACUCUAGAGAUUCUGAGGACAGGAAGAGGCAGGCCUGGGCUUCUCCGAGGCGCCCCAACGCGGAAGACUGGCCUCCAGGUCGCCAGAAGCAGAAGCAACGCGCUGGAAAGGGGCGGGACUGAGCCGGGCCUGGUCCUGCACUGGAAUCCCCCACCUCUUCUUGGUAGCCCCCGGUUCUAGCAAAAUAAAGAGAGUGCUGCAGCCCCCACAUCGCCUGCUCCAUUGCUCCUCAACCGCGGAACCGGCCCAGGACCUGAAUGACGAGGAUGGAAAUUUCAGACAGGAGUGUGGUAGUGAAGGGAGGAUGCAGUCCCAACCGGGAUGACCCAGCCCUGAGCACCAGAAGAGAGCUGGCAGAUGGAGGCCCUUGCCUGCCCCAAACACGCAGGA